AUGUAUCGCAUGUACGCGUGGAAUUGUCCUCGCUGGCUUGUAAACAGUGGCACACUGGCUGUACAUGGAGUGGCCGGGCUGCUCAGGCCGCGCGGACACGUUUGGCUUCAGAUUUGGAAGCAGUUACGUGGUCUCAAGGCUACAUACCAUCCUUUAGAAGGUCUUAGACAUUGUUAUUUAGGCUCACACUUACCAUUUGAAGUAUCAGUGAUGCCAUUAUUACCCUGUGCUAGCAUCUUGCACACUGACAGAGUCAGUGGUACCACCUCAGAAGAGCAGGUGGUGAGGGUAAACUCUUUCAUCAAAGGCCACGUGAAGUCACUGAGAGACAAACUGUACAUCUUCGAUUCUUUUAUUGGUAAAGAUGUGACCAUAAUUUCAUCAGGACCCUGUGUUGUUUUAGGGUUUCAGCUGCAAGGUUGUAAUAUAUCUGUAAAUUUGCCAAGUGGACAUGUUUGGCAACUGUAUCCAUGCGAUACAGGUGAUGUAAUUACAUGUCAUGGAUUGAGUGAUAAUUUAUUAAUGUUACAACAUGAUGUAAUGGCAAGUAUCUUUAGCACUAAGUGGUCAGUAUUUUUGGCCAGAACUAGACUGGAUAAGGAAGAUUUGUGGCCAAAUGUUGAGAGCCAGUAUCAGACUUUGUUAACAGCAAAACUGUUUGUUGUGGAUUGUCCUGUUGAGAAACAAAUACAGAUACUUACGACUUUGAUCGCAAGCAUUACUGACAAUCAGAUUCAGUUAGAAUGGAUGUCAAAAGUUGAGGAGUGGAAAAGAUGCUCUCGAGUCUCACUUUUUGAAGUUGCUUAUAAAUGUAACCUCAAGAGAAUAAUUAAAAUGCGUGAAGGUGUCUAUCUUAGAACUGUGAAACAGUUCAUCCGAGACACUGCUAAUGAAGUUGCUGGAAAGUCUCUCCUUCCUUACUUCAGUUACAUAGUGGCAAGAGGAAAAAGUGCAGUGGAGGAACUUCUGCAAGAGCUUCACCAGCAGUUGCUGCAGCUACGUCUGUCCACACCUCGCUUGUUGGCAAAUAUUGCUGAUUUGCUUGGCUGUAUGGCAGCAGGAAGAGGUGGACUGAGAAGUGGACCUGCAGCCAAUCCUCAAUGGAAGAAUGCCUUAUUAGAGCUCAAG